CUCCGGGGAACAUGAAGUUUGAUGUUUAGGGUGUCAUCAAGCUGUGGUCAUAUUGCUUUUUUUUUAUCAAUAUGAUCUCACAAGGCUCUUGAGGUGUCUUGCCAGAGGGGCGACCUCAGGAGCUUGCCAUUGCGUGCCGUGUCGUCAAGCCCUUCAUCCUUCGAGGACUCCUGAUGACAUGGCAGGUUCCUGGUGUUCAUACGACUACACGGUAGUCCUUUACCUCAUCACUUGAGUGACUCAUGACUGUACCACUUGGACGUUGUUCUUUUUCUGUUAGGAGGUUAGCGAGAGUAAUCAUAUGAGACUUCACUGAAUUCACAUACCUUCCACUUCUCCAGCUCAUCUUGUUUGGUCUUGUACUGCUUGACCAAGUCGUCCAAUACCUUCUUCAACCCCUCCGCGUUUGUUUGCAACGCAGGGAUCACAUCCUUGACGGUCCGUUCCACCAGCACUCCGUUGAUCAUGCGAAAGCACUUGCGAUCCUCUGGGAGUGGUUGCAAAGUUUCGAGAACAAGUCUAUAUUCAGGGUGUUGGAUAUUAGUGACUAAGCGGUGAGGACAUCGUUUGAAGCGGUGUGGUGAUGUGACGCAGGUCCUGAAAUAGGUCGCCAGAGAAAAAGUUCUCACUUGUGUUCUUCAGCUUCUUGCUCGACAUCACCGAUUUUCUGCGCAAUUUGCUGCAGGGUGUUCUUGUAAGUGCUGUACUGAACUUGGAGGUCUGGCAGGAGUUGAGUCAGUUGCCAUUCUUAGCUUAUGGUAGAUUCAAGGCCUGAACUUGCCUUGUUGCCUCUUGGCUGGAGCUGCUUGUGUCGCCAUGAUGAAGUCGGGAUCUGAAUAUCACAGCUUCGGAGCCAAAGUUUUGAUAUUGGAUGCGGUUGAGAAGUCGAGACAGGUGAUUGGGAGAUCAACUGCCCUAUGAGAUCCAUGCAAUUGAUCCUGGAGCCUGGGGCCGCUUGAACUCCAAGGCAGAUCCACUGACAAAUGGCCCGAGCUUUCAAACCUUGAAUUGAUUUAGAAAGACAUCCAGAAAUCGACGCUGGCUUCUCAACUACAUCGUACAAGCACACUUCAUUGGCGCAAACGAAGGACUAUUACAGCACAAACAACAUUCACAAUGCAUCCUCUUCUCCAUACCAAAGACAACGUCGCGUGCAAAGACUUGAUGAUCGCACUCGAACAAUGCCAUAUGCGGGGCUUCCUUUGGAAAUCCAUGGGCAUGUGCAAUGAUGCCAAGGAGGAGCUCUCUGCCUGCCUGAGGGCAGAACGGUGGAAGACUCAGAGCUUCAACCGAAGUGGUGUUGCCGACAAAAAGGACAAGAUUCGGCAAGCCUGGAAGGACGUCGACGAAAACUCAUAAACUCUACAGCAAAUCGACCCUCGAACCGAAUGGCAAUCACAGGCUCCCGACCGUCGAUUUGAGAACAAGAACUGCGGCACCCACCAGCCCCAGCUCCGGAGGGAACACAUCGCAUCACAAGCGUUAGAGAUACGGACCAUUGUGCGAUACGAACAACACUUGCGGUCUGUAUAACAUGGCUAUAGAAGGACACUCUCCACACAAGAAAUUGGGUUGUACAUAAGGUUAUUCUUGUUAUUUUUGGCACGCCUUUCCGACUACCCCUUUUCAACCCCCUUUUUACAAAGUGUGACGGAACGCGUCACCGAAAGUAAUCAAGCCGUAUGUCGCAAAGAGCGACAACAUGACGGGAACGGGCUUCCGGAGUCUGAUCGCACGAGGAAUCGAAGCGCCGCCGAGGACGACGGAAGCUAGGAGAGCGAGCUCCAAGCCCAAGGGCUGGCCGUUCUGGAGGCGGUAACCACCAAGACCAUCUGGGCAUUACGGCGUCAGCAACCGGCUGCCUUGCCAGGCUGAAGAAACAAUCAACUUACACAAAAGACCGACAGCAGUGCCCGCGGCAACGCUAGGGACAGAUUUCGUCUUGACGUAUCCGAUGGUGCCGCCGACAGCUGUCAAAGCCGAGAGAACGUAGGCGGGAAACUCGAGACCCUACCGACCCAGUCAACAAAUGCGCAAGGCGGCAGAUUAUUCCACACUAUCUCCGUACCAUCUUUUGUGAGUUUUGGAUGAUGUAUUUGUUGUGACUGGUGC